AACCAUUCAAAAUAAAAUCUUUAAAAAUAAUAUAAUAUCCUGACUGUCCACCAGUCCAUUCGAAGACUAAGUCAUCCUAACACGCCUAAUUACAAGGAAAUUUCCGUUUGGUAAUAGAUUUCCAGAUAAAGAAACCAAGACUUCGACAAAAAAACUAUGUUCCUAUUCUUCUAAAACUACUUCUUCUUCUUCUUCUUCUGCCUCGUGUUCAUCUUCAAGAAAAAAAACAGACGAGAGGACCAUGAUAAAUCUUUAUCAGUCUCUGACAAAAUCUUGGUCCUAUGCAACCAUAUGGAUGCUCUUUGUGAUUCCCUCUUUUGCUUUGUCAGUUGAUGAGCAUCACAAAAAAUGCUAUCCACCGUUUACAUGCGCCAAUCAGAGAAAUCUCAGUUAUCCCUUUUGGAUACCUGAGAGAAAAGAGUGUGGCCACCCGGAUUUCGAGCUCAACUGCAGCGGAGAAUUAGCAGAGUUUAGUAGAUCCUCCGUUAAGUUCCAAAUCCUUGAGAACAAGGGUUACAGCAUAAGACUUGCCAUAAAGGAUUAUCAAAGCAAUCUUUGUCCCCGACACCCUGAAAAUGUAGAUAUCAACCAGUAUGUCCUUCCAUUUUCUCCGGACACUAUGCUGUCAAUAUUUUAUUACAACUGCUCUGCUCCAAGGGUAGAUGUUCCCCCCGGUUUUAACAUUAGAAAGCUGGACUGUGGGAAUGACAAUGGUAGGCGUAGUUACUUUGUCUCGUCCGCUUUACGUUCCUGGGAUAGAGCUAUCUUAGAAAAUUCAAGCGCAUCGUGUGAAAACAAUGUCAGUAUUCCUGUAUCUCGAUAUGCCUUGAGUAUUGAAGACGGAAACCCGACUCUGGAAGCUAUAGAGAAGGCUCUUAAGGAUGGUUUCGAGGUUAUGUUUACCACUGAAUGUUGGGAAUGCAAACAAUCGCAGGGUUCUUGUGGUUAUAAUGAUAGCUCGAGAGCAUUCGUUUGCUACUGUGUGGACGGGCCUCACAAGCGUACAUGUCCCUACAGACCUACAAAAUCAGAACUCACCCAAUCAAAGAAAUCAGAACUCACCAAAAAACAGAAACUAGGAAUCGGAUUCGCUGGCGGGUUCUUCGGUGCCAUUCUUUUAGCAGUAGCUGUGCUCUGUAUCAUCUGGAGAAGAAAAAGAUUGGCAGCUCAAAACAUAAGCAAAGGCAUUUCAACAACAUCUCCUUAUUCAAGCAGUAAUACAAUGUCCAACACUCCAACUUCCACAACAAUCUCCGGAAGCAACCACUCUCUCAUGCCCUCAAUCUCCAACCUUGCAAAUGGAAGCGUCUACUUCGGAGUUCAAGUCUUCAGCUACGAAGAACUCGAGGAAGCCACCGCGAACUUCUCAAGAGAGCUUGGAGAUGGAGGAUUUGGUACUGUCUACUACGGCAUACUAAAGGACGGACGAGCAGUAGCUGUAAAACGACUCUUCGAGAGAUCAUUGAGACGAGUGGAGCAAUUCAAGAACGAGAUCGAUAUAUUGAGGACUUUGAAACACCCGAACCUAGUGAUUCUAUACGGAUGCACGACAAGACAUAGCAGAGAGCUACUCUUAGUGUAUGAAUACAUUUCUAAUGGCACACUCGCUGAUCAUCUCCAUGGAGACCAAGCACAGUCUCGUCCUAUUUGCUGGCCUGCAAGACUCAGCAUCGCCAUUCAAACCGCUAAGGCAUUGUCCUUUCUCCAUGCCUCAGGAAUCAUACACAGAGAUGUGAAGACUACAAACAUUCUUCUAGAUAGCAACUACCAAGUGAAAGUAGCUGACUUUGGUCUCUCACGGUUGUUUUCGACGGAUCAAACUCAUAUCUCCACCGCGCCGCAAGGAACUCCGGGAUAUGUUGAUCCCGAGUAUUACCAAUGUUACCGUCUCAACGAGAAGAGCGACGUUUACAGCUUCGGAGUCGUCCUCUCGGAGCUGAUCUCGUCCAAAGAAGCAGUCGAUACCACUCGGCAUCGACACGAUAUCAACCUCGCGAACAUGGCCAUCUCCAAAAUCCAAAACGACGCCGUCCACGAGCUUGCGGAUCUGACUCUCGGAUUCGCGAGGGAUCCUGCGGUGAAGAGGAUGAUGAUGUCGGUUGCUGAGCUGGCGUUCCGGUGUUUGCAACAGGAGAGGGACGUCCGGCCGUCGAUGGAUGAGAUCGUCGAGGUUUUGAAGGGGAUUCAGAAGGAAGGGAUGCGAGAUUUUCCGGAGGUGGUGGACAUUGAUGUGAGCGGAGGAGAAGACGUUGUGUUGCUAAGGCACGGAGUUCCUCCGCCGUUAUCGCCGGUAACUGAGAAAGAGACAAGUAGUUCGAAUACGACGUCGAGUUCGUUUUGAGAGUGUAGUAGGAGAGACUUUGGACUCUCCCCUCAACGAGGGUUCGGUGUAAGUAUAUAUAACCAUUGUGAAUUUCACCGUUUCACUUUUAUUUUACCUGACGUCUGAAUUUUUGACUUUUUUUCUGGGGUAUUUUGAUAUUUUCACAGAAAGACUAAAAGGAUGUCUUCAACUAGUAGUUUGAUCUCAUUUGUAUCAAAAUGACAAAUAAAUUCGAGUGUUAUGGAAUUUGUCAUUUCAUAAAACACUCUAAAAUUUACUUUUAUUGAACAAAAUUUAAGUUAAA